AAACUUUUAGAGUAUUCACUAUCUUACGGUUUUUGUUUUAAACAAGGUUUAUAAACAUAGCAGGUUUUUACUAAGUAGGUCACAAGAAGAUCUGGAUUUUGAUCAAAUUUGAGAUAUAAUUUUUUUCUUCCCAAUGUUUGUGGUUUGCUUUAUCUUUGAAACAAAAUAAUAAUAAUAAUAAUAAUAAGAAACCAAAAUAAGGUGAACAUAUCAUUACCCCAGAGAACAACGUUGAUAUAAUCAUGUCUUCGCUGAUCACACUAUUUUGUCUCAUGUAACUCCUAUGCAGUUUCAACUUUUAGUGCAUGUUUCUGUGUUAAUAUACAGCUAUUUGGCUAAGCAAUUGUCAAGUGUGCUCUUUUUUCCCAGGAUUCUUCGCCAACAUCUUUUAUUUGGUUAGUGUAAUACUCAAAAGUAGUAUGGAGAUACUACAAUAUGGAAUUUAAGUACAGGCUCUCCUUAUCUUCAGAAGAUAAAUAACAAAUGCCAAAGGUGAAAGGUCAAUGGAAGGGAUUUGACAGCAAUGAAUAUGGAUCUUCUGGCUAUGAUAAUUCUGGUGAAAAGGUUGAAGCCAAUAGUUUAAAGCGUAGAAAGAUCACAAAAAAACAUCUUUGUGAGAUUAAUGAUCUCAAGUAAGUAGUAACAUCCAAAAGUGAGAUAUGUACAAGUUCAAGUCAUAGGUAAUUACAUAAAAUUUAUAAAUCUCAUUCGAAACUCUAUUGUGAUACAGAUGCUAUACUUGAAACUCUUAUUCUUUUUCUUACUUAGGGGUAUUUUUUGUUGUUGUGGCUAAUAGUCUACUCUCACUUUCAUCCUUUUAAGUCAAUCAAGUUAAAUACAUUUUGUUGCAGGCUUGGACAAAACUCCAGAUCCGUAUAAAGUUGGCAAAGGAACUACUAAUAUCCUGCCUGAGUUCUUGAAUUUGUACGACGAUACCAGAAGCUAUAUGAUUUUUCUGAAAAAAGAGGUCAUGUCAAUUAAUAUCAAGGAAAACUGAAAGAUCUCAAAGUUGGGCAUAUUCCAUAUUCCAAGUUUCUUAACUCUAUUGAGAGCAUCAUCAGAUUUGACUGCCUUUAUUAGCUGCGAAAAGGAAAUAUAUUCUGUGAAAUGGCCUGGAAAUCCAAAGCUUGGUGAAGGGAAACCUGAAAAUCAAAAUCAUGCUAUUAUAUUUACACGUGGAAAUGCAAUACAGACCAUUGAUAUGAUUCAGGAUAAUUACUUUGAGGAGGCUUUGAAGGUGAGAAAUUUUCUUGAAGAAUUUUACCGUGACCAUGGAGUUCGCCCCCCUACUAUUCUUGGUGUUACGGAGCAUGUGUUUACUGGAAGUGUUUCUUCUUUAGCAUCCUUCAUGUCUAAUCAGGAAUCUAGCUUUGUGACUCUUGGCCAACGUGUUCUAGCAAAUCCUUUGAAGGUUCGUAUGCAUUAUGGUCAUCCAGAUGUCUUUGAUAGACUAUUCCAUAUAACUAGGGGUGGUAUCAGCAAAGCAUCUCGCGUCAUAAAUAUUAGUGAAGAUAUUUUUUCUG